AGUCAGUUAAAGCAUCUACUCGUGAAGCCUUAAGUCUUCUUAUUCCCUUAAAGCCUACAGAAAUAGUCUGUUUUGGACUGGGUAAAGUUGAGAAGGGUUUUACAAGAAGAAAUGAAUUACUCGUCGCCUGCUAUGCAAACUCUACGUCGUUUAAUGUCUGAAAUGCGCCGCAGCAGCUCCCAAAAGAACCCUAAAGAUAAUUUGGCCCUUCAAUAUGUCCUCAAUCAAUACAGAAAAUUUAAUGUUACUGAUCAGCAAACUUGUAAAGCAAAGGACGAGGCCAAAUUCUUAGCCGAUACUUAUCUUUGCUAUCUGCAGAGCACCCGUUUGCAUAAUGAAAUUCGAAGUCAAUAUCAUGGAAAGGGCGAAAGAACAGUACAAGAAACAGCCAAAAUUGUGGGCUUUAAAUUACCCCACGAACCUAAAUAACUACUCUUUUAAAUUAAAUGUAGAAUUGUUCUUAGUUUUUUAGUUGAUAUUACAUUUAUAACUAUUUAGUGUACUGUACAGAUAUUAAAAUAAACAUUACAGAUACUUUA